UGGUGGAGGGAGCGCGCGCCUCGCUGGCCUGGAGGGGGCGGGGGCCGCGGCGGCUUUAAAGCGCCCAGCCCGGGCGUCGCGGGGCGGGGCGGCUCUCGCGGCUGCGGGGCGCAGGGCGCAGCGGCCGAGCGGGGUCCCCGGAAGCACAGCUGGGGUGCCUCCACCUACGGCUGGCCGUGAGCCUCUUCUCUCCCACGCCAGGGAAGGAGCGGCUGCGGCCCCCGCCGGGCGGAGGCACGGGGGGCGUACGGGGCGCGGAGGGGCCCGUCGCGGAGGAGAUGGCGCGGCACGUGAGGUGACGGCGCCCGAGCCCCGAGGGUCCCAGCCCCGCGCCCCGCGUCCCCGGGACAGCAUGGAGCGCCCAGAGCCCGAGCUGAUCCGGCAGAGCUGGCGGGCGGUGAGCCGCAGCCCGCUGGAGCACGGCACCGUCCUGUUCGCCAGGCUGUUUGCCCUGGAGCCUGACCUGCUGCCCCUCUUCCAGUACAACUGCCGCCAGUUCUCCAGCCCAGAGGACUGUCUCUCCUCACCUGAGUUCCUGGACCACAUCAGGAAGGUGAUGCUCGUGAUUGAUGCUGCGGUGACCAAUGUGGAAGACCUGUCCUCACUGGAGGAGUACCUUGCCAGCCUGGGCAGGAAGCACCGGGCAGUGGGUGUGAAGCUCAGCUCCUUCUCGACAGUGGGUGAAUCUCUGCUCUACAUGCUGGAGAAGUGUCUGGGCCCUGCCUUCACACCAGCCACACGGGCCGCCUGGAGCCAGCUCUACAGGGCUGUGGUGCAGGCCAUGAGUCGAGGCUGGGACAGCGAGUAAGAGGCGACCCUGCCCAGUGGCCCCCAUCUGUUUGUGUCUGUCUGUUGGUCUGUAUCUGUUGUAGCCCAGGCUCUCCAAGCUUCCCUGCAUCUUGGUCCUUGUUACUUGGCCACACUGGAGAGGUGCUGGGGCAGGGCUGGGUCUCAGUCUCCCAGAGUCCAACUGCAGAAGGAGUGGCUUUUCCUCCAGGAAGGGGCUUCUGGGUGUCCCCCUCAUCCCCAAUAGCCUCUUUCCUGCCUUUUUUUUUUUUUUUUUUUUUUUUUUUUCCUUUUUGGCACUCCCUCUGGCCCUGUGAGGAAUGUUUUGGUGGCAGAGGUGGGAUGGAGCUGGAAAGGUAUGGGGGUGGGAGGGGAUGGGGCUCUUCUGUGUGUCCUGCUUCUUCAGGUGAGUGCAGGCCAAGGCAGGGGUGAGAUGGCUGAGCUUCCAGCGCCUUCUAUCUUACUUGCCGAGUCCCUUCACUGCUUUCCUGCCCCAAGAUGGCUUGCUUUUCACAAAUAAAGAGAAAGGCAGCUUUAGCCUUCUUGGUGGAAUCCCAGGCGUGGGAGCAGAAUCAGAACUGCCAGGGAAGGGAAGGGGGACUUGGGUCUCAAUAGGGCUCAUCUGAGUUGCGCGGGCUGUGCAGAUGCCCUGACAGGGUUGGUUUCCUUUGGCGGCAUUCCCUUUCCCUCAUUCAGCACUUCUGCCAGGAACUCCCUGACUAUUCCGCUGCGGCGGGAACCCAGCUAGCUGGCCAGGUGGGGCGGGGCUGGGGACUGGCCAGGAAGGAGGGGUGACUUCAUCCCAGAGAGACCCAAGUUCCCCCAGCCCUUCAUCACCAACCCGCUCCUGCACGAGUGAGUCUUACCUCCCCCGGCCCUCCUUUCUGGCUCAGCCUGCAGCGACUGUGAGGCCACAGCUUCUCAGAUUCACUGCCCACUGUGUGCCAGUACUCAGGCAGCUGGAGAGAAGGCAGCUGCGGAGACCCCCACCCUCACCCCAGCCGUCUGCACUUUUACCGUUUGCUCUGUGCUGUCUGUGAUCCUAUAAACUCAUGAGAAAUAAACUGGUACUGUGUGCCUCUCU